CAGAACCCAACUCAGCUUUCGCUACACUUAUUUACCAAUGUUCCGUUUCGCAGCCAGAGCAUCAGCAGCAGUAGCAUCGCGAGCAGCCCAGCAGCAGGCACUCGGCAAUGCCGGCCGACGGAUCCGCCAGCAGCACCGACGCACGUUCAUGGCGAUGCCGUCAUUCAGAGUGGGCGACAACUCUUGGCGCACGCCAGUCGUGGUUAUCUCGGCAGCCCUGGGUCUGUCAACGAUUGGGUUUUUUGCAUUCUCCACGUUCUUCGGGCCGGGCAGCAAGUACCCGGGCGACGUUCGCAAGCUGCUGCGCGAAGGCGGGAUGGCGUAUCUGCGCACAGCCGACAAGCAGGAUCUGCCCAAGGCUGUCGACGCCUGGGUCCAGUCUGAUCCUGAGCACUCGCGCGACGCACCGCACAUAACCGGCCUGGUAGCGCGUAUCGCUGCCGUGUACCACGAAAUGGGCGAUUUGGAAAACACGGUCCGGCUCUACAAGGACUUGCUGAGUCGAAUUCUGGGCGACGAUGGGAUGGCGGAUCCGCACACGCAGGUACGGGUUCUGCUCGACGAGAAGCAGCCCAAGGAUAAGCGCGAAAACACGCUGCGUGCGCUUGGAUGUGCCAACAAGCUGGCGGAGACGUACGAGGAGCGGGCGAUGCGGUCGAAGCGCCGCAGCGCUCUGCUAGCCGACCCUGACCUGGCCUCGCACGACGUGCAGGAGGCCAGCCGGUGGUACCAGUGGUGCCUGCAGGUGGUGAUGCUGGCCUACCAGAACCACUACAACCAUCUGCAGCUGGAGAAGAAGCUGCCGCUGACCAACACGCCAUCGUUUGACCCCGAUACGCUGCCAAAGUUCUUGUCGGUUGAGGUCGUCACCAGCCUAUUCUACAAUGCCGCCGCGUUCUUUUCGACACACGCACAGUACGGGUUUGCCGUGCCUCUGCUGCAGCGCGCGCUGGAUCUGCUGCGUCGCGGGGCUGAUGGCACCGAGACGGGCGUGUGCCGGUCGAGCGUGCUGAUGAGCCAUCUGGCCAAUGCCGCUGUGAUGACCAGCAACCUGCCAGCAGCCGAGAAAUGGGCUAUCGACGGCCUGGCGCUGGCGAAGAGGUUCCCGCAGAACGCCGACUGCCUCAACAGCUUUGUUGCGCUGACCUACAACCUGGGCGCCGUCUAUGAGGCUGCCAACAAGCACGAUGACGCCCGCGUGCAGUACCGGCAGGCAAUCGAGGUGGCCAAGGUUACCGAUGACAGCAAGGCCCAGGAGCUGGCGACUGAGGCACUGAAUCGCGUGGCCAAGUAGUAGUAUGGCUUGAUAUCACUGACGGCAGUAGUGCGAGCAUUGUCGAGACCCUGCACUGGAGAGGCAUUCGGAAACUGCUGGCCACUGACGCCGUAGGAAAGAGCCUGGUGCAGCGAUCGCCUGCUUCGCACAGCUGCAGUGCCGGUGCGACGUCUGCGGGGAGGGCGGUAUCCGAUGUAUCAGGUGGCCAUGGCCGCAGCGCACAUGCACUCGUGAUGAACAUGCCGUUAUCGCCAUCACUUGUUGAGUCUGGCCGUCUCGAUAGGCGCGGGCUUGCUGAUUUGAUUCCCCCAAAAUCUCUGCUUUCUGGCCAUGGCGCCGGGUGAGAGAGCGUGAGGGGCCACUCUUUGUCAAAAAAUAAAAAAAUUUUCCAU